AUGCGGAUUGGUAGGCAGUGGACGGAGCUCCAGGGCGCGCAGGACUGGGACGGCCUGCUUAACCCGCUCGACGGCGCGCUCGUCCGGUACGGCGAGUUCGUCCGCGCCGCGUACGCCAGCUUCAACUUCGACAGCGGCGCACCGUCGUACGGGUGCUGCCGAUUCCCGAGCAGCUCCCUGCUCCGCCGCUCCCGUCUCCCCGAGACCGGUUACCGGGUCGCCCAGCUCCUCCAUGCCGCGUCGACGUCGGCGCCGAGAUGGCUGUCGUGCCGCUCGAGUUACAUUGGCUACGUCGCGGUGUGCGACGACGAGGAGGAGAUCGAGCGGCUCGGUCGCCGCGACGUCGUCAUUGCGUUCCGCGGCACGGCGACAUGCAGCGAGUGGGUGGACAACUUCAAGUCCACUCUCGCCCACCUGCCGCCGACCACCUCGCGGCGAUCAGCCGACGCCGGCGAUGGCGAGGCGGCACCGAUGGUGGAGAGCGGAUUCUGGAGGCUCUUCACCACCUCGGGCAAAGCGCACAGCAGCCUGCAGCACCAGGUGCGCGGCGUCAGCGAGUACGGCGGUAAGGGCAUGCCGCCGUUGAGCAUCACGGUCACCGGACACAGCCUCAGCGCCGCGCUCGCGGUGCUCACCGCCUACGAGAUCACGACGACUUCCGCCAUGCAAGGCCACGGGGACCACGACGGCGCGGCGCCGAUGGUGACGGCCGUGUCGUUCGGCGGGCCGCGCGUGGGCAACGCGGCGUUCCGGCGAAGGCUGGAGGAGAGCGGCGGCAAGGUGCUCCGCGUCGUGAACUCGGAUGAUAUCGUGACCAAGGUGCCGGGGUUCCCCGACGUGCCGGCGAAGAGGAAGCCGAGGUUUCCGAGGUGGCUGGUGUCGAAGAUGGGGUGGGAGUACAGCGACGUCGGCCGCGAGCUGCGCCUUUGCGGACCUUGCGGCCAGGACACGUCGCGCAACGUGGUUGCAUCGCAUGAUCUUGAUUUGUACCUCAAGCUCGUGGCAGCCUGCACAGAUUAG